UAUCUCACACAACCUCCUUCUCUUGGCUGGCUGAAUGGCAAGCUGAUUGCAGAGUCACGUCCAUUCAGCCAGCCAGCCACCCGCCCUUCUCUUCCUCCUCCUCCUCCUCCUCCUCCUUACCGUACUUGUCUGCCGCCGCCAAAUACCGCCCAACACACUGACGGCCACACUGACUUACAUUUUUAUAUACCAACCAGACAUCCACUACUAUAUUUUUUAAAGCCAAUCUAGAUACUAGCUAGUCCUCUGUUGAGUGCUUGAGUGAGUGAGUGAGUGUGAGUACUCACCGCCAGUGGGAUCCUCGUCCCCCUUGUUCCAUCUUCCUUUGUCCCUUGGGGGUUCCCUUGUUCCGUUCAUUGCCCGGCCUUGCUUUGCACCUCCUCCUCCGCCUAAUUCCGGACCGGAGGCUCAUCGCCAUCAUGUUUUGGGAGUGUAACUCGGUGAGCUCGUCUCAGUUGGAGAGCUUGCUGGAGAAGGAAUCCGUGGGAUUACCCGAAAUCCUCGAGCAAGAGGACGUCAUUCAAGAAUGCAAAAAUCAGAACAAGAAACUCAUCGAUUUCUUAUGCCAGCCAGCGAUGCUGAAGGAGCUCAUCAAUUUGGUGGUGCUCGAACCCAGUGCGGCCUUGGACGAGUCGGAACGCUUCAAGUUGCCAAAUAUCGCGUCUGAGAUCCUGACCUGUGAGAAUCAAGCAUUGACGUUGCAUAUCGCCUCCGAGGAGUCGCUGCUUCAGCAUUUGUACACGUUCGUCGAUCAACCUCCGCCGCUCAAUCCGCUCCUGUCCUCGUUCUUCAGCAAAGCCUUUGCCGCACUCCUCGUCCGCAAAUCCGAUCAGGAUUGGUAAAACUACCAAGUGGGUUACCUUAAAGUGUUCGAGUUCUUGAAGACUAAACCCGUGGUGAAGGACUUCUUGCGUCACAUUGGCACGUCGUCCAUCUCAGACUUGAUUCUCACCUUAGUCACUUGCGGGGAUGACACCACCGUUCGAC